AUACACAUAGAUUGUGUUGCAGAGAGAGAGUUAAGAAGAAAAAGAUGGGUGAGUGGUUGAGAAAUGCAAGGCCCUAUCUGCUGUUAUUGGCUGUUCAAUUUGGUUCUGCUGGGAUGUUCAUAUUUGCCAUGGAUGCUAUAAAGAAGGGUAUGAGCCAUUACGUCUUCAUUGUCUACCGUAAUGCCAUCGCCUCUGUUACUCUCGCUCCCUUCGCCUUUGUUCUUGAAAGGAAAGUUCGGCCGAAGAUGACUGUUGGUAUAUUUUCAGAGAUUAUGGCACUGGCUUUCUUCGAGAUAAUACUGGAUCAGUGUUUCGCUCUAUUGGGCAUGAAAUUCACGUCAGCUUCUUUCCUGUCUGCUGUCAUGAACUCCGCACCCUCUGUUACUUUUGUCAUGGCUGUUAUUCUGAGGUUGGAGCACAUGAAGAUGAAGGAGGUGACAUGUCAAGCCAAAUUGAUUGGAACAAUAGUAACUUUUGGAGGCACCUUGCUAAUGGCACUUUACAAAGGCCCUGUGAUCAGUGUGAUGAAAUCUUCAACAACCCAUGCUGGCCAACCUCAGACUCUCAACAACCCUACCGCUAACCACUGGAUCCUAGGAACAUGUUUCCUCCUCAUCGGUUGUGCAGGCUUCUCUGCGUUUUACAUAUUACAAACCAUAACAUUGAGAAAAUACCCAACAGAGAUGUCCCUGGCUACUUGGGUUUGCUUCGUAGGUGCACUUCAAAGCUCUGUUGUAGCAGCCAUCGCAGAACGCCACCACCCUCAUGCAUGGGCCAUUGGUUGGGAUACACGACUCUUUGCUCCAGCUUAUGCGGGAGUAGUUACAUCAGGAGUUCAGUAUUACAUACAAGGCAUGGUGAUAAAAUCGAUGGGCCCAGUUAUUGUGACUGCUUUUAAUCCCCUUCGUAUGAUCAUCAUUACCACCUUGGCCUGCAUCAUUCUAUCUGAGCAACUCUACCUUGGAAGUGUUAUUGGAGCAAUUGUUGUGGUUCUUGGGCUAUAUCUAGUUGUGUGGGGAAAAGCUAAAGAAUGCCAGCGAAGAAUGCCACCAUCCCCUGCAAAGGAUAACUUUCCAGAAGACCAACGACAGCUACCUGUUACUGCUCCUAGGAAUGAUAGCAAUGAUAAUAAGGGUUAACCAAUGUUUCCUUGUCAAUAAUAAUAAAGCUUGAUAAAUAUUCCGUUGCUAUUAUAAAUUUGUAGUACAUAUA